AUGGCUAGAUUUCCAAUCUUUUUAAGUAAAAGAUUGGUAAGAUUUAUCGUCUUAAUUGUUGUGUUCCUUGUUAUUAUUUUUAAUCUAGGUUCACAGAAUGACACUGUUAAUAAAGCUAUUAUAGGUAAUAAUAAUAAUAAUGUUGGUUCUGUAAAUAACAUUGAAAAUUUGAAAGCUGCAGGGUCUGCUAAUAAUAACAAUAAUAAUCCUCCAAUAAUAGUAGAUGAACCACAGUCCGAUUCACAAGAAUUCAAUGUUAAUAAUAAUAAUAACGUUGUUAUCCCAGAAAGUCAUCAAUUGAGUCAAGAGGAAAAAAUGGAACAAGUUGAAGCUAGUAUAUCAAGAUUUAGCACAGGAGACACCAUGAGUUUUAUUAGUUUAUCAUUUAAAAAUAAAGGUAAGAGACCAAAGGCAUGUUUCGUUACUUUAGUAAGAAAUUCUGAAUUAAAUGGUAUCGUUAAUUCAAUUAGAUUGGUUGAAAAAAAAUUUAAUGCUAAAUUUAAAUACGAUUGGAUUUUCUUAAAUGAUGAACCUUUUACCGAUGAAUUUAAAAACACUAUCGCUAGGGAAGUCUCAUCUACUGUCAAAUUUGGUUUGAUUCCAAAGGAACACUGGUCUUAUCCAGACUUCAUUGAUCAAGAAAAAGCUGCUCAGACAAGAAAGGAUAUGGCAAAUAUCAUCUAUGGUGGUUCAGAAUCCUAUAGACAUAUGUGUCGUUAUCAAUCUGGUUUCUUCUGGAGACAUCCAUUGUUGAACGAUUAUGACUGGUAUUGGAGAGUUGAACCAGACAUUAAGAUUUACUGUGAUAUCAACUACGAUGUCUUCCAAUGGAUGCAAGAUAAUGAAAAAGUUUACGGUUUCACCAUCACUAUUCACGAAUAUCUUGAUACUAUCAAAACCUUAUGGGAAACUUCUAUGAACUUCUUCAAAGAACACCCAUAUUAUAUGGCUGAAAACAAUUUAAUGAAAUUUAUCUCUGAUGACGGUGGUAAGACUUACAACUUAUGUCAUUUCUGGUCCAAUUUUGAAAUUGCUAAUUUGAAUCUUUGGAGAUCUCCAGCUUAUAAGAAAUACUUCGAUUAUUUGGACCAUGCAGGUGGUUUCUUCUAUGAAAGAUGGGGGGAUGCUCCUGUGCAUUCUAUUGCUGCUGCUUUGAUGAUUCCACAAGAUAAAUUACAUUAUUUCUCAGAUAUUGGUUACUAUCAUAUUCCAUAUGAUAACUGUCCAUUGGAUCCAGUUGUUUGGAAAGAAAAUAAUUGUGAAUGUGACCAGAACAACGAUUUCACUUUCCAAGGUUAUUCUUGUGGUAAAGAAUAUUUUGAGGCUGCUGGUUUGCAAAAACCAGAAGGUUGGGAAAAGUACAGAAACUAG